AUGAAGCAGCCUUUAAAGUCAACUAUAGCUCUCUCAGGCUUACUGACCUUCAGCUUAUUUCGUGGCUCGUUUGGAAGCACCCAGGGAAAUGUGACCUGUGCGAGCAACUAUACACAGUGGUACCAGGACAUUGUCGGAGAGAACCCCUUAACAGGAAAUAUAUCGAUAGAUCAAGUCCCAAGCUUUCAUCUCAUCCCGGGAAAGCCUGGGGAUACAUGCAGUGGAGAAGUUCGUAAGGAAACCUCCACAUUGCUCACGUUCUGCAAUUUAAAUGACGAAAUUCUAUUUCAAGUGGACUGCUGCUGCAACUCUAUUUCUUUUACGCUCAGUAUGCUUUGUCUAAACUGCCAAUAUGACACACUCGACGUGCCGUAUGGAACUGACGCUGCUAAGGGCACCUAUCAGAUCUACACCAAUAACAUGACAUGUAAGCCGAAUACAAAUCAGAGUUUACCUACGAACAUCGAGACUGCUACAUGCAACAACAACAUUCGUUUGCAAAAUUUCUUGUACAAGUUAUUCUGGGGUGAAGGUGAAUGGUACUAUGAACACACCCGCGAAAUGGCUCAAACAGACGCGAGCUCAGCAGGGACAAAUACGUCGGCUCUUUAUGCCUCACAAGGAUGCCCUGCAUCUGAUUACUAUACGGGCGCUACAUCAACGGUGUUUUCUACAGCACUGCCCACGACUUCCGGAAGCUCAAGAAGCAAUGCGCUGUCGCGUGUGAGAAUUAGUGCAAUAGCAGUCGGCGUUGCGGGAGGUGCCCUAAGCCUCGCAAUAUUAUCGGGGCUAGUGAUAUUCUGUCGGAGAAGACGUGCCAAAGAAGAAAGAGAGAAGUAUGCAUAUAUAUCAAGGAUGGCUUGUGGUGCCAACGCUUCACUCAACAACACGCCCCACGUUGACGAAGCAGCACAAGAUCAUGAUUUUGGGCUAUUAAGCCAAGACAUACCAGAACCAUCGGAACGCAGUGCCCCACCUGCGUACAACUUGAAUUGGAGGGAAAGAGAUCACAGAGAGGAGCUCCCUCAGAUGACAACCAGACUGCGGGAUUUACCGAAUACUCCAGAUGCCACCCCAUCUCGCGCAUUAGUGGGAAAGCUCUGA